UAAUAAGAUCGUGUUUGCGGUCGCUGCCCGAGGAGGAAUUCGGAGGAGGCGCGAGGCCCGGUGCUCGCGCCGCGCCCGGGAGCCCGGGAAAGAGGCCGCCGGCGGCGGCGGCGGCGGCAUGAGGCAGGCGACGCGGCGCCUGUGAGCAGCGCACGGCGGCGGCGGGGAACCUCAGCGCAGGGAGAGCCGAGCGGCCGGGGGCUCCCCUCCCCCGCUGCCGGGCGGUGAUUUGCCGGGCCUGCUGCGCCCCCCGCCCACCCCUCGCCCCAGCCGCCGCCUCGCCGCUUCCCUUCGUCGGAGCGGCCGCUCGUCCGCCCGGCUCGAGGCCCGCGGGGAGCGCGGCGCAGUCCGUUGGCCCGCGGGGGGGCGGCCUCCCGGCAUCUUCGCGUCGCCCAAGGACGACCAGGAAGGGGAGCGGCCGGGAUGGCGCGUCCGCGGCCCCGCGAGUACAAGGCGGGCGACCUGGUCUUCGCCAAGAUGAAGGGCUACCCGCACUGGCCGGCCCGGAUUGAUGAACUCCCAGAGGGAGCUGUGAAGCCUCCAGCAAAUAAGUAUCCUAUCUUCUUUUUUGGCACCCAUGAAACUGCAUUUCUAGGUCCCAAAGACCUUUUCCCUUAUAAGGAAUACAAAGACAAGUUUGGAAAGUCAAACAAACGGAAAGGAUUUAAUGAAGGAUUGUGGGAAAUAGAAAAUAACCCAGGAGUAAAGUUUACUGGAUACCAGGCAAUUCAGCAACAGAGCUCUUCAGAAACCGAGGGAGAAGGCGGGAAUACUGCAGAUGCAAGCAGUGAGGAAGAAGGUGAUAGAGUAGAAGAAGAUGGAAAAGGCAAAAGAAAGAAUGAAAAAGCAGGCUCAAAACGGAAAAAGUCUUACACUUCAAAGAAAUCCUCCAAACAGUCCCGGAAAUCUCCAGGAGAUGAAGAUGACAAGGACUGCAAAGAAGAAGAAAAUAAAAGCAGCUCUGAGGGUGGAGAUGCCGGCAAUGACACAAGAAACACAACUUCAGACUUGCAAAAAACCAGUGAAGGGUAAAACUGGUGCUCCAUAAAAUGAUCCUAUGACUUCACCUGCCUCAUAACUUCUGCUUACUAUGUUCUGGGUGUCCUUCAGCUUCACUGCCACCCUACAGCCUUUCAAUGUGCCUCAUAUUCAAAUACCUCAAGAGAGAAUCUGAUUGGAUUAGCCAGCCAUUAUCCAGUAUAGAAGUGGUGUGGCGCUGAGCAUGGCAACCAGCGCGAUAAGGAACAACUUCUGGCCGCUUACGUGGAGGAGGCUUCCAGUCUAGCAAAUACUCAGAACAGUGUGUCCAGAACAUUCACCAUUAUGAAUUAGCAAGAUAUAUUUUCACACACAGGUGCACAGAGAGUGAUUAUGGUAUGAGAAGUUAAAAAAAUUAGAUUUAUAAUUUGGUUUUAUAAGUACUCAUUUGAUAGCACCUUGUUUAAAGACCCCACCCCCCAAAAAGCAUGUCCUUAAAGUUAUAGUCACAUUUUGCUACCACUUGUACUUUGUUUGGAGCACUAGUAAUAUUCUGAGGCUGCCAUCAGACCCUCUGUUCCAAACAUACUCUUCAACAUGGAUUGAGUAGUUGUUACUAUGAAUUUUCUACCAAUGUAAACAUAGAAUGU